AUGGAAGUCGACGACCUGGAAGUCACCGAGCGCCCCUCGGCAAAGGCACACGACAAUGGCGCCGUCACCGUCAAGCGCGCGAGGACCGAGCUGAUCCCCAAGCACGAGCGCGAGAGGAUACGCCGCCACAAGGAGGCACGCCGCGACUACGGCCGCGGCAGCAAGAUCGACGUCAAGGGCAUCAAGGACAAGAAGCUGCGCAGGAACCUCAAGGGCUUGGAGAACAAGUACAAGGACGCGGCCAUUGCCGCCAAAGACGCCGAAGUCCUCCUCGAAAACAGCGCUGGAUUCCUCGAGCCCGAGACCGAGCUCGAACGCACCUACCGCACACGACAGGACGAGAUCCAGGAGGGCGUGUCGCUCGAGACGGCAAAGAAGCGCUUCGAACUGAAGCUGGACCAGCUGGGCCCUUACUGCUUCGAGUACAGCCGGAACGGCCGCGACCUCCUUCUGGGUGGGCGGAAGGGCCAUGUCGCCGUCAUGGACUGGAGGGCGGGCAAGCUCAAGGCCGAGCUACAAUUGGGUGAGACCGUGAGAGACGUGCAGUUCCUGGCCAAUAACUUCUUUGCCGUGUCGCAAAAAAAGUACGUCUAUAUCUACGACCAGGCGGGCGUCGAGAUACAUUGCAUGCGCAAGCUGCAGGAAGUCUCCCACAUGGAGUUCCUCCCGUACCACUACUUGCUAGCUACCGCGGGCUUGUCGGGAUAUCUCAAAUGGCAAGACGUCUCGACGGGUCAGCUAGUCACCGAGAUUCCAACCAGGCUGGGACCGCCCACCGCCAUGUCUCAAAACCCUUGGAAUGCCGUCCUUCAUGUCGGCCAUCAGAACGGCACCGUCACUCUCUGGUCGCCGAACUCUACCGAUCCAUUGGUCAAGCUGCUCGCCCACAAGGGGCCCGUGCGGUCUCUGGCUGUCGAUAGGGAGGGACGGUAUAUGGUCUCCACGGGCCAGGACCGUAAGAUGGCCGUCUGGGACAUCCGCAUGUUCAAAGAGGUCAACAACUACUUCACCCGGACGCCCGCCGCAUCGGUGGCCAUCUCAGACCGCAACCUGACAGCUGUGGGCUGGGGCACCUCUACUACCAUCUGGAAAGAUCUCUACACGAAACACAAGGCGGACCAAGAAAAGCAGCAGUCGCCAUACUUGUCAUGGGGCGGCGAGGGUAAAGCUAUCGAGAGAGUCCGCUGGUGCCCCUUUGAGGAUGCCCUCGGUAUUGGCCAUGAUGAUGGUUUCGAUUCUAUUAUCGUACCUGGCGCGGGUGAAGCCAACUUCGACGCCCUCGAAAUCAAUCCUUUCGAGACUGCCAAGCAGCGACAGGAAUCUGAGGUCAAGGGCUUGCUCAACAAACUGCAGCCCGGCAUGAUCUCGCUUGACCCAUCAUUCAUCGGAAAUCUGGAUCUGCGCUCCGAGGAACAGCGGAGGGCCGAGAGGGACCUGGAUGCCAAGCCCGUGGAUCUUGAGACCGAGAUCAAGAACCGUGCGCGUGGAAAGAACUCGGCUCUGAAGAAGUACCUGAGGAAGCAAAGGUCAAAGAACGUCAUCGACGAGAAGAGACUCAAGGUGGAAGAGCUCUGGAAGGAGCAGCAGCAGAAGAACCAGCAGAAGCGCCAAGAGAAGACUGCCGAGCUUGGCCCUGCUCUGGGUAGAUUCGCAAGGAGGGAGUAA